AAGAGGAGGCAAAUUAUGUAAGAUGAGCACAAAAUGUACCAAACUUUUGCCAAAGCUAUUGAAGUGUAGUGGAAUCCUUGUAUGAGAAGGAUAGAAAGGGAAAAAAUUGAUAAUAAAAACAGUUUAUUGAAUUAAAGCUGGUGGUUUAGGUCAUGAAAGUGGUCCUGUUACAUGAUGUGGGAGAGGGUUUAAAAGGAUGCGAUUCGAAGCAACUUUUCUCACAUUUGCGUGUCUGCUUGGAGAAAUUCGCACUAUUGAAAUUCAUUAUCCCACCAUAAAACCUAAAAUCUACGAGACAACAAGUAAAGUUUUUUUGGAUGUAAUGCAAGGAGACACAUCCCUGGGCAGAAUAGUCAUAGCACUCUAUGAAAAAGACACGCCGAUCACCGCUGGUUACUUCCGAGCGCUAGCCACGACAGGAAUUAAUGACACUUUUUUGGAGGGAUCGUUUUUCCAUAAAAUUGUCAAAGGUUUCAAAGUCCAAGCUACGAAUCUGAAUACCUGUAAGUCUAGAUUUGCUCUAUCAUAUCAUAAAGGAGGAGAAGGAAUGGAUAUAAACCUACUUUACGACGAGGAAGUUGAAGCUUAUUCAUACACGGUCCAAGAAGAGGAGGGAAAAGUACCACACGCGGCAGCAGGCGUCGUCAGUAUGGCCUCACGAGGGCCACAUAUGAAAUGGACCGAAUUCUUUAUUACAACGAUCCCAACCCCAUGGCUAGAUUUUCAUGACGUCCCUUUCGGGAAAGUGGAAUCUGGAAUGAAUGUAGUCAAAAAAAUUGAAACAGCCAAUGUUACCAUCGAGGCCCGGCCCAUAAUUCCCAUUUAUAUUAAAAAGUGCGGCUUGGUUUUAAAAAAUGAAACAAGAUCGCACAAAAGAUUUACCACUGUAAUAACAACAUGAUAACACACCUUGGAUGCAGUAUAGUGAGUGUGCAUUCAAAAUCAAAUAUCAGUCGACAAGAAUAAGACAACCCUUCCAUUCGUUGAUUUGUUUUAUUCAUGAGAUUUAACCACGAACAUUGGAUGUGCAAUUUUUAUUUAUUAAUUUUUUCAUAUUUAUGUGUAAAGUAUACAUAAAUAAAUAGGUCCUCUUUUAUUUUUUCCAUAACCUCUAAGUUUUGUUUGAUUGUUAUUUCGCCAACAAAAAAAGACAGAGAUAAUUUUAUGUUCCACUCAAAAUUUGGUUUCCCCUCGUAUGUUUCCCUAAGUUUUCCAACCGUGAUUGACAAAUGUGUUAAACCCAAAUAAAGCAAACAGAAAAUAAGAUA